UGUGCGUGACACUGCGUGAGGGAACGUUGGCUUGGCUUGAAAUAAAAAUUAGUGUAAUAAGUAUAUCCUAUAGAUAAUAAGCCGGUUUUUAAUUUUAAAAGUCCAAGGUCGCUGUUUACCGCCUUUAGAAUACACUCGCCCCAAAUGUGAAUAAAUAAUAAGAAUUCCAGUUGUUUUCAUUUAUUUAAAAACAAGAUUAAAUAAACCUCUGCAAAGAUGGUGGACGUAGACAAGCUCAGUGAUGCAGAGCUGCGUACAAAACUGUUGGAGUUUGGGUUCCCGGUGAUGCCCAUCACUGGAACCACAAGGAAGGUGAUGUCCAAAAAGCUGAAAAUGCUUCUGGAAAAUAAGAAUAAGAUUGGAUCUGAUGGAGGCAGAAAGUCACUGGGCAGGUACUCGAGUGAAGAAGAUAGUGAUACUGAGCUCAAAGUAACUAAGAAGAAGGACAACCGACGAGCUACUAUGGCAGUUCCGAUAAUGCAACCUCCUUCAGUUACAACUAGAAGGAAGAGCACUCGUUUGAAUGAUACAGAAGUGGAGGAUUCUCACAGUCCAAGAAGAGAAAUAAAGACCACGACAUCCUCCACUACCACCAGAACGCAUAAGAUCUUAAAAUCUGCCCAGGAUGAAUUUGAUACCGGAUCUGAUUCUGAGUCGGACAUCUUAACGAACAGUUACAAUAAAGGCAAUGACCUGGAUUACAAGAGGAGUUCACCGAUAAAGUCGGCAUUAACAUCUUCUUACGCUUCUAGUACAGCGAAUAGAUAUUCUCCACUGAAACCGAUCGAUGCGUCUUACAGUUCUUCGAGGAAUAUUUCAUUUUCUACUGCUAACGCCUCCCCUAGUCGUCUAACUUCGUACAAUUCUCCGUCGUUGGCUUCGGAAUACGCUUCCGACAGACUGAAUCAGAUCAGAUCCCGGCUCAGUUUGAACAGUUCAGGGUACGACAAGCCCUUGUAUUCCACAUCGCCUGCACCGGAGAAGGAGGAGACUCCGUUUUUGAGUAACUUUACUAAAAGAUUAUCAGCGAUGACCUCUCAGAAAAAUGAUUACGAUUACAAGAACGACAUUAUUAAAGAGCACGAUACAAAUGGAUCCGGUUACGUUAGAAGCCAGCUCAGCAGUUACAGGGCUGCGAGGGGAAGAGACACCACGUACGACUACAAAUCGAACCAGAACAGCAUCCUGAAGAACAAUUUUGUGUCGUUCGCGGUACUGGCUGGCGCGGCCCUGUUCUUUAUAUUUUUGGCGAUCAUGUAUCUGGGAAUGAGAUCGGAUACAUCCGUCAUACCAGCUGGUAUAAAUAUUCCACGCUGUGAUAGUACAGACAUAACAUCGAAGAAAGGCAUAAACUGCGUGUUCGAAGACGACGUCGUAACCGCCAUUCAUUUGCUGAACGUCGUAAAGCCGGAAUUGCAGAAGAGAGCGAUCGCAAACAGAUGCUUCGAUAUGAAACUGAAGGCGCACAUGACGGAGCCCGAAAUCGUAACGUUUUGUAAGACGAAUUUUGGAAUAAAGGAUGAACAUCAGAUAAGGACCGACUUGAGAAAUUUGGAAAUAUUGAGCUUUUACAAUCCCGAUUGGAAUAUAAACGUGGCGCAAACGGAAAAUAAUAACGGCUUAGUCAGCGAAUCCGAUAUAGCAGAGAACAUGGAAAAAGUGGUUUUUAACUACAGGACGAAAAUUACCAGUUUGGUAAUGCUUCGACCCGACUUGCCCUGGAGGUGCAGGUUUUACAACACCUUCUCCAUAGUAUUUAACAGUUUGUUGUUUAUCGGGGUGACGUUCGGCCUGCUCUACCUCCUGAAUUUGGGGUUCAAGUAUUACAAACACCAUGAGCAGAAACAGAAGGAUGAGAUCGGUUUUAUGGUGGAGAAAAUCAUCGACAUUUUGCAAACGAACGCUUCGGAAGACGGCGGCGAGAACUACGUGGUUAUAAAUCACGUGAGGGACAUGAUCCUGCCGGUGAAAGAUAGGCAGGGUAAGGAAAGGACUUGGGCGAAGGCGGUGAAAUAUAUCAACGAGAACGAGUCCAGGGUCCGAACGGAAAUCCAGGAGGUCCAAGGGGAGCCUUUCGAGGUGUGGAGGUGGAUCGGUAGCGCAAAUCUCAGCAUAAGCGGGUCCCCUAGGAACAAGAGCUGGCAAGGCCAGGCGUUCGAGACCCAGGUGGGGUCCGUGAACAGCCUGCCGUGUUCGCCGACCCCCUGCCUCAAGAUACGCGGGAUGGUGGAGGACGGAGACCGCAACACGCACAUAAUAAGGGAAGCCGUCUUGAGCAAGUGCGCACACCACUGCCGUAUUCUUCAUUGCGCUGUCGACACCAGUUCCAACUGCGUUUACAUCAAGUGCGCCGACCCCAAGGACGCCGCCGUCGCUUACAGGAACCUCCACGGGUGGUGGUAUGCAGGGCAUUUGGUCACCGUUAAAUAUUUGCGUUUAGAGAGAUACAUGCAGAGAUUCCCCGAUUCGCCCGUAAGCGGUCCGCCGUUCUUGAAAGCUAUAACGCCAGCGACCGACUGGUCUAGUUAAAUUAAUUUUGUACAUUGUAGAACUGAGAACCUGAUUCUUAUUAAUUUAUGUAUUUGUAUUUGUAUUUUUUUAUAGUUGGGGGAGGUAAAAUAUCCUUUUAGUUAUUACUCGUAUUUAUUAUACUGUAACAGUUCAAAGGUAGUAGCAGGAUUUCGAUUAAUGCACAGACGUAUGUGCAUAUUCAAACUUAUUUAGCCCCCCUCCAUAGACGUUUUUACUGUUCAUGUGACUUGCCUUAUCCAUAUUCGUCGUUGGAAGUCGGAUUUCUGAUAAGGCUGACUGACUUUACUUGUUUUACGAGACGGAAUAAUUUGUAUUUGUAUUAUAUUUUAAUUUAAACGUAGGUGUAAUGUUAAUUUAACAAAAUAGUUAAUGUAGGGAUUAAUACUAGGCGUGUGUGGUGUGGCGGAUUCACGGUCUCUAGUUCAAAUGUGAUUGCGUUUUAGUCGAAAUUUAAGCUAAAAAAAAUAGAACGUCGGAAAAUUGUAAUGAAUUAAUAAAUAUCAUAAAAGUCCUUUAAAAUCCAUAGGUUUCCGUUAAAUUUAGUUACAUUUGUAACACGAACGGACUUAAAAAGUGUUCAUUAUGCCAUUUGCCACAUACAAGCUGCAUUCUUUCGUUCAUGACCUUAAGAUUACAACCUGAAAUCGGAGCAGCUCGCUGGUUGAAUUAAAAAAUCUGCCUUAAUUUUUCAAACUCGACCAAUGCGCUGCUUCGAUUUGACGUAAUCCGAAUGUCGCGAGCGAAAGGACUCGCCUAAAGUUAUACGUUAAUGUUGAGAAAUUUUGUAAGGAUGUUAAUUUAAUUUCUUAAGAGGUAAGUUUUUUGUAAUAUGUUGAUGGAAAUUUUUAAUAA